UCCGCAAUCACGGCGAUGAACGGCCAGUGGCUCGGCUCCCGGUCCAUCCGAACCAACUGGGCUACCCGCAAACCUCCAGCGCCUAAGAACGAACUGAACUCCAAGCCCCUGACCUUCGACGAGGUGUACAACCAGAGCUCCCCCACCAACUGUACCGUGUACUGCGGCGGCCUGGCCGCAGGACUCACGGAGGAACUGCUGCAGAAGACCUUCCAGCCAUUCGGCUCCAUCCAGGAGAUAAGGGUGUUCAAGGAUAAGGGAUAUGCCUUCAUCAGGUUCUCGACAAAAGAGAGCGCAACGCACGCGAUCGUGGCAGUCCACAACACUGAUGUGAACGGUCAACCCGUUAAGUGUUCCUGGGGGAAGGAGUCAGGAGAUCCUAACAACGCCCAGACGCCUGGACAGCUCGGAGGUACAGCCUACAGUCCCUUCAGUGCGGCGUACACCGGCGGUGUCCCACCCGCCUCUUAUUGGUACAACACGUACCCGCAACAACUGGGGGGGUUCCUGCAAGGCGUGCAAGGCGUGCAAGGCGUGCAAGGCGUGCAGGGGUACUCUUACGGGCAGUUUGGGUACCAGCAGCAGUAUAUGGGAAUGGGCGGCGUGCAACUGCCGUGGGCGCUUGGCGGCGGCGGCGUCGGCGGCGUUAGCGUCGGCGGCGUCGGCGGCGUCGGCGGCGUGGGCGGCGUCGCGGCGAUGUCGCAACCGCCGCAGGUGCUGCACUACCCUGUGCAGCACUUUCAGGUGCAGCCAAUCAGUGAGGAUGAAUGGCUGGCACCGAGCCUGCUGGUGUGAGGGCGCGAGUGCUGCUGUCGCGCCGACUGCGUUUAACCC